AUGGCUAUACUUUCCAUUUUUUUCUCUGUGGCUUUUCUUCCUCAUUUGUUACCCAUAGAUCCAUAUUCAAAGUAUACCCAACUCAAUCUUCCUCCAGGAUCUAUAGGCCGUGAGUCGGUUGCCUUAGAUCGAUUUAAUCAAGGACCUUAUGUUGGUGUACUUGAUGGCACUAUUCUUAAGUACAAAGGUCCAAAUAUCGGUUUUGUGUUUUUUGCAUAUACUCCACUUGGAACUGAAGGUGGAAAUGCUACACUGGUUGCCAACAGUGCAGGGGGUGUGCCAUUUCACUUCCUGAAUGGUGUUGAUGUUGAUCAAUUCACAGGAGAUGUCUAUUUUACUGAUGCUAGCCAGACCAUUGAUAUAAGGAGAGGCUUUUCUUUGCCAGGAGGACCUGUAAUUAGUGUUGAUCUCAAAUUUGUAUUAUUUUCCGAGUUUAGCAAUAGAAGAAUUAUGAAGUAUUGGCUCACAGGAAACAAAGCAAACACAGUUGAAGUUCUAUUAUACUUGCCAGGAAAUCCAAUCAAAAUUAAGAAGGCCCCUGAGCCAGGAGAAUUUUGGGUUGCAGUGAACAUAAUUGUUCAUCAACCAACUUCUGUUACACCAUUAGGUUUCAAAUUUAAUUCAACUGGUGGAAUUCUGCUAAUAAAGGAAUUUGAAGGGCAAUAUAACAAUAUCCACCAGUUGAUUGCUGUACAAGAAUACAUUGGAGGCAAAUUAUACAUUGGUUCAAGGGAAGCAAAGUUUGUUGGCAUUCACAGUAAAUGGUAG